AUGCAGUUACAAAUCAGAUCCCAAUUUUUUUGCAGGAAGCAAGUAUUCUUUCGAGGAGAAUCGGUUUAUUCUUUGCAGUUUUGGAACAAUACGAAGAGAAACGUCGCUAAUCACCUCUCAACAUCAGGAGAUUAUGAUUAUCAAUCUGUCACUGACUUCAUAUCGUAUUUCUUGUGGCAUCUUCUGCUAAAAUUCAAACUUCUCUCUGGGACUUUACGAACAAUCCAUUGUAAGACUAAGACUGGAGAUAUCGACAUCAGGGAAAGAAGAAAGAGAGAUCAAGAUGGACUUUUUUUAGGGCCUUGAACAUUUGAUGCCAUGCCCAGGCACGACAAGAAAGAAUAAAGAAAGACGAAGACUAACAAAUUGAGAUUGACCGCCACGACGUAAUAUAAUAUCUUCGAAGAACCAUAAUUUUUACCUCAAGAGCAGCAUCUUCCUACGUCAAUUUCGUCGUGUCCAGCUUCACAACAAAAAAGAAAAAUGUUGCUGUCUUCCCGCUUUUCCGUGAAGAUCUUUUGUCUGCUAUCCUGGGGCGCCAGUGAAUUUACGGCUGCGACGGAGAUCGCUUUCAAGCUAUUGAGCGGGGACACCCUGCUAACCAUUGACAGUGCUAUCGCGAGAAAAAAGUGUUACAGUAACACAUUUGUUGGG